CCAUCAUAUGAGCAAGCUACAAAGAUGGGAUCUGACCCUAUAGCAGAGUUUCGACAUCUGAACCUUGGGCCACCUUCAUCAAGCCUCACUCCAACACCUGCUCCUGUGGUCAGCUCAAGCUCCCCAUUCCCCCAGCCAGCUCCAUUCAGUGCAUCCGUAAUCAACAAUCCUUUACCCGGGAUUCCUUUGCCAUCAGCAUCAUCUUCCUCAAACCCAUUUGGUCCUUCCUUUUCACAACAAAAUUAUGGUGUACCACCUGGGUCUGAAACCUCAAAACCAUCAAGAUACGAAAAUAAUCCAAGUUUCACACCAACAGCCUUUCAACAAGCUCAACAAGGCCAACCCUAUGGAACUGUUCCAUCUCAAUCGUCACCUUAUGUAACAUCUCCUACACCAACACCAAGUCCAGCACCUGCUGCAAAUGUUUCGUCGACUAUGCCUGUCCUUCAGCCAACUCCUUAUCCAUCCAGUUCACAAGCGCUCCAACCUAUUCCCUCUGCUGGACCAACACCCAACAUGCCCUACCCUCAAAUGCCACCGCCUCAAACUCAGAAUCAGCCGUAUCAAACACCUAUGAAUCCAUAUGGAUUUCAACAGUAUCCGAUGGGAGUUCCGACAAAUCCACAAGGAGUCGGGGCAAGUCUUUAUACUCGUUACCUUUGUAUUUUACAUUUAUGA